AUGUCUGACUCUAACGCCCGCGAUGAGUCUGCCAUUGAGGACGGAGACUACGGCACUCAGGAUCCUCAUGGCGAGACACACCACCAAAAGAACACCGUUCACCAACGGCUGCGGGCGAACUCUUCUAUUAUGCAACUGAACAAAAUUCUGGUCGCCAACAGAGGAGAAAUCCCCAUUCGUAUCUUCCGUACCGCACACGAGCUGUCUCUGCAGACAGUCGCAGUCUACAGUCAUGAGGACCGCCUCUCGAUGCACAGACAGAAGGCCGACGAGGCAUAUGUCAUUGGAAAGCGUGGAGAAUACACACCCGUGGGAGCCUAUCUGGCUGGCGACGCAAUCAUCAAGAUUGCGAAGGAACAUGGCGUCAACAUGAUUCAUCCCGGUUACGGUUUCCUCAGUGAGAACUACGAAUUCGCAAAGGCCGUUGAAGCUGCAGGCAUUAUUUGGGUUGGUCCUGAACCAAAGACCAUCAACGACCUCGGAGACAAGGUCUCUGCACGAACCCUCGCGGCGAAAGCUGAUGUCCCGACUGUACCCGGUACCGAGGGACCUGUGGCCAAGUUCGAGGCCGCGAAGGAGUUCACCGACGAGUAUGGCUUCCCAAUCAUCAUCAAGGCGGCUUUCGGUGGUGGUGGCCGUGGUAUGCGUGUUGUUUGGAAGCAAGAAGAUCUGAAGGACUCUUUUGAACGUGCUACCUCGGAAGCUAAAUCCGCCUUCGGCAACGGCACAGUCUUCAUCGAGAGGUUCCUGUACCGACCAAAGCACAUUGAGGUACAGCUCCUGGGCGACAACUACGGAAAUGUCGUACACCUUUACGAGCGUGACUGCUCUGUCCAGCGACGUCACCAAAAGGUCGUCGAAUUGGCACCUGCUAAGGAUCUGCCACAAGAGACCCGCGAUGCCAUCCUGAAUGAUGCAGUCAGACUCGCCAAAUCGGCAAACUACCGCAACGCAGGUACUGCUGAGUUCUUGGUUGAUCAAGAGAACCGUCACUACUUCAUUGAAAUCAACCCGCGUAUCCAAGUCGAGCACACCAUUACCGAGGAAAUCACGGGCAUCGAUAUCGUUGCUGCACAAAUCCAAAUCGCCGCAGGAGCAUCACUCGCACAGCUUGGCCUUACUCAGGACAGAAUCUCAACACGAGGCUUUGCUAUUCAGUGUCGUAUCACCACUGAGGAUCCAUCUGAGGGCUUCAAGCCGGACACUGGAAAGAUCGAAGUCUACCUUAAAUCCGUUCGGCUGGUGGCAACGGCGUACGACUUGAUGGUGGAAACGGGUUUUCGGGAGCUGUCAUCACUCCAUACUAUGACUCUAUGUUGGUCAAGUGCUCUUGCCACGGCUCAACGUACGAGAUCGCUCGCAGAAAGGUGCUUCGUGCAUUGGUCGAAUUCCGUAUUCGCGGUCUGAAGACGAACAUUCCUUUCCUUGCCUCGCUCCUCACGCACCCGACCUUCAUCGACGGUACCUGCUGGACGACUUUCAUUGACGAUACCCCAGAGCUGUUCAACCUCAUUGGCAGCCAAAACCGUGCACAAAAGCUCCUGGGCUACCUUGGAGAGGUCAUUGUCAACGGCCCUCAAGUCAUUGGCCAAAUUGGCGAAUCAAAAUUCAAGGGCGAUGCUAUCAUCCCAACACUGGCAGGCGACGAUGGCAAGCCACUAGAGCUCGAUGGGCCAUGCCAGAAGGGUUGGAGAAACAUCAUCACAGAACAAGGUCCAGAAGCCUUCGCAAAGGCUGUAAGGCAGAACAAGGGCUGCUUGAUCAUGGAUACCACAUGGCGUGACGCCCAUCAGUCUCUCCUUGCGACGAGAAUGCGAACGGUCGACCUUCUCAACAUCGCAAAGGAAACCAGCUAUGCUCUGAGCAAUGCUUGGGCAUUGGAGUGCUGGGGUGGUGCCACUUUCGACGUGGCCAUGCGUUUCCUUUACGAGGAUCCAUGGGACCGCCUGAGGAAGAUGCGAAAGGCUGUGCCAAACAUUCCUUUCCAGAUGCUGCUCCGUGGUGCCAACGGUGUGGCUUACUCUUCCCUGCCAGACAAUGCCAUCUACCACUUCUGUGAGCAGGCAAAGAAGAACGGCAUGGACAUUUUCCGUGUCUUCGACGCGCUCAACGACAUGAACCAGCUCGAGGUUGGAGUCAAGGCAGUUCUCAAGGCUGGAGGUGUUGCAGAGGGAACCGUGUGCUAUAGCGGUGAUUUUCUG